GAGAUAGAAUCUCCACUGUUGUGUUUAAGUACACUUUUAUUGUGAAUCCCGGCUAUAUUGGACGCCAUGGCCUAUUGGGUAAUUCGGUAAACAAUCCAACGCCCAGUGUGAAUGGCUAAAACGCGAGACUGCAUUUACGAAUCUUCACCGACGAUGAGGAGGCUGCAGCGCGGAGUGCGGAGACCGCAGUGCGGUCUCACCAGCGCGGAAUCCUCAGUGCGGAACCAACCGUCGGUGAUCUUCAAGGUCAUAGUGACGAACGCUAAUUGGACACAGGGACACGCUCACCUCAAUGCUGUACUGCGCUGCCUGUACGCGUUUUGUCAGCUUGGAUUGUCUCGAAAGGAGCUUGCCCACGUGUUCAUCAUCGGCAACUGGAUUCGGGUCUUUGAGUCCACAGGAACUUUCGAGCGUGCUCAGACAAACGGGAGCAAAACGUUCACGGUCGAGCACUGAAAAUAGUUGUACGAGCUCUACGCAGAGCGCCCACUAGCCUAUUUAGACGAAGCCCAAGCUGCCUUCCAACGCACACACAAAAUUUCAA